UGAUUCUGUAAACUCAAAACUCAAAACUCAAAACUCAAACCAAACCCAUUGUUUCAUCGUUACGUAUAAUUCUUCAGAAUUCUGAUCAUGAUAAGAUAUGCAUAAUUUUUCUACCUGCUCCUGAAUCCUCCGUGUUGAAGCCAAACAAAGCCUAACCGAAAACCAAAACAAAUUCCGUAACCAACUUCCUAUAUUCUCGGCAUGGCGUCGUCCAAGGUUGUUGCGGUCUCAACCAAUCCGGAUCUGCCACGCGCCUCUCCUAUAUCAUCGUCAACCUCUUCUUUUCAUCUCUCUCAUUCUUCUGAACCGCCUCCAAAAAAACCCACCACCAUGGACGAAAUUCUCAAGAACAUUUACCCCGCCGCAAUAAGAGCCGCCGAACAACAAGGAAUACUAAAACAAGAACAACAAGAAGAAUAUCAAGAACAUCAAGAACAACACCAACCGCAUUUCCUCUUCAACAACACAAUCGAUGACGUCUUGAAGGAUUUCGUCACCGACGAUGGUGCCGGCACAACCUCUUAUCAUCCUGAUCAAUAUCAAUAUCAAGAUCCUUAUCAACAUCAAUAUCAAUAUCAAUAUCAAAACCCUUCUUCUGAUGAAAGUUUCUCUACCUGUACCGGUGGUGGUGACAACACUCUAGAAGAUUUCUUGAUGAAAGCGGGUGCUCUUCCUUUCUCUAACCAUAGUCAAUAUUCUUCUUCUUCCGAACCUUCACAUUCUCUUGAUGUUGCUGCUGGGGGAAAACGAAAGGCGGUUGAGGAAGCAGUUGACCUUGAUAAAGCUGCUAUUCAGAAACAGAAAAGAAUGAUCAAGAAUCGUGAGUCUGCUGCCAGGUCUAGAGAACGCAAACAGGCUUAUACUAAUGAGCUUGAGAGAGUUGUCAAGCAAUUGGAGACAGAAAAUAAGCUGCUAAUAGAAGAAGAGAAAGGAAAAAGGAAAGGCUAAAGCAAUUGAAAGAGUUGGUCCAUCCAAUUAUGGGGCAGAGACAAAAUCAGAGGCUGCGGAGAUCAAAUUCAAUAUAAACAUUGUGAUUUUGUUUGUCUGAUAUCAACAGAAGAGACAGUAGGAUUUUUGAGCUAGGUGUGUAGAUAUAAGGGACAGGGUUAGGAUUUUCUUUGGUAGGUUACACCAGCUGCUGGUUUUUGGAGUUACAUUGUAUAGUGAAAAUGGCAGCAGUCAAAUAAUACAACUUUUUUUAGUCAAUGAUUAUUGUUUAGGGAUAGUUCGAGUUGGUAGCAUUAUUAUUCUUUUAGCAAUUUGGAUGAUAUGGCUUCUGAAAAGGAAUGGCCUAUUUACAUUUUUUGUGAACAGGUAAAGGUUAGUAGAAUUUAGAGGAUUUUUAUGUCACAUGAUUGUUUCUGACAUAUAUUUCAUGUACUAAUAAUAGUUCAUUCUUUUCAAUGGUUAUUUCUUGAUAAGUUUAUGUGUCAUAUCUGAUAAGAUUCAAGACAUUUAAAGAAUCUGAUCCUGAAACUCAGAUCUCCAAGUAUGAGUCAGGCUGUUAGAGGCUUUUAAGGGAAGAGCAUAAGGUACUGUAUAGUUUAUCAUUUAACCCACUAGAGCAUAAGGUACUUUAUAGUUUAUCAUUAUAACAAACUUUUUUUCUUACCCCUCUGUCUCACAAUAGAUGUCUUCUUUAUAAUUUUUAUUUGUCUCAAAUUAUUUGUUUAUUUAG